AUGUCUCGGAACGGCUUCAGAACGUUCUCAAAGCGGGAGAGUGAGCAGCCAGAAGUCAGUGUGCACAUUGGCACAAAUGACAUGGGUAGAAAUAGUGAUGAGGUUGUGCAGAGUGAUUAUAGAAAGCAAGGAAAAAUGUUAAAAACCAGGACCUUAAAGAUGGUUGAGCUUCUUGAUGUAUAUCAGACGAAAAGUGAUAACACUCAUCAACGUCUGGUAACUUUCUUUGAGGAUAACAUCUUGCAGAAAGUGCCGGUUGCUCGGGCUGUUCUUGUGGACAUGGAGCCAAAAGUCAUCAGCCGCACUUUAUCCAAAGCUGUGAAGUCAGGGCAGUGGAGUUAUGGAAACCAAUCCUACUUCUGCCAAAAACAAGGAUCUGGAAACAAUUGGGCAAAUGGAUUCUGUAUCCAUGGUCCUCAGCAUGAAGAAGCUGUGAUGGAUUUAGUGCGAAAGGAGGUGGAGCAGUGUGAGAGACUUGGUGGCUUUAUUCCAAUAAUGAGUCUGGCUGGAGGCACUGGCUCUGGCUUGGGGACUUACGUCACUCAGUGUUUACGGGAUACUUACCCAAACUCGUUCAUAUUGAACCAGCUCACCUGGCCUUAUGGAACUGGAGAGGUUAUUGUCCAGGAUUAUAAUGCAGUGCUGACGCUGUCUCACUUGUAUCAGUCUUCUGAUGCACUUUUGAUUCAUGAGAAUGACACUGUUCACAAGAUUUGCUCCCAACUGAUGAACAUAAAGCGGAUUUCCUUCACAGACAUCAACAAAGUCAUUGCUCACCAGCUCGGGAGUGUCUUACAGCCAGCAUGCACCAGAUGGAGUAUUUCAGAAUAUGGCACAAAUCCUCUUGGUGAUCUGCUAGAAAGUUUGGUGACACAUCCAGAGUAUAAGCUGCUAAGCCUGAUGAACACCCCAUUGAUGUCUGACAAGUCUCUGCAAUUCAGUACGUUUACCUGGCCAGCUCUUGUGAAGAAUUUGCGACAAAUGCUGAUUUCCAAUGCUAAAAUGGAAGCAGGUUCGUGAUGUCUUCUUCACA